CUGAGAGAAUGGGUUUGUUUUGUUUGUCAGGCAAAAAACUAUAUGGAUAAUAAGGGAAAUAUAGAGGAUGUUCCUUUCUAUGUGGCAAAUAAGAAUGAUGAUUUAAAUAUACGUUAUACAACAUUACCAAUAAAUCAGACAGAAUUAUCGCCAUUUUGUCAAACUUGUAUGAAAAACCAUUUAUUUAUUGUUAACGCAUUGGCAUCGUAUUUGCCUUCUGAAGAGGAUCCUGAUUAUGAUGUUUAUUUGUCUGCAUUGCCAUCAUAUCGGGAGUUUUUAGAAGAACGGUAUCCUAUGGUGUGUGAUCUUUGUUUUCCUCAUAUACAGGAGCAUCUGGCAAAGAAGAACUAUAUUGCUAAAUCUAUGACACUUGGGGGAUGGCUUUUAAAUAGUAAAAAAAUGUUUAGUUUAAAACAUAGUCAAUCUCGCCUUUUUUUAUGGGCUAGGCUUUUCAUAUGGGGUUUUCGUGGUUUAGGAUGGUGGAUUUUUACUAUUUUAGUUAUGUUGUAUUAUAUUUUAGGUUUCUUCAUUCCAAGUGUUUUUUUAAAAAAUACUUAUCAGACAAUACCGUUUUUGAGUACACAUAAUUUUUCGGAGUGCAUAGUUACAUUAUUUGAUCAAAAUGUAUCUUUUGGUACAUGUUUAUUUCUUUAUAAACUUUUCAUUAGAAGAUUAAUAUUUUGGGGCAUUUUUGUUAUUUUAUGGGAUUAUACAUGGGUUUCUCAAAAUUCAAGAUCAUAUCACCGUGUUUAUGGUAAAAGCUAUUACUAUAUAUGUCAAAUAUUUAUUCAUAUUAUUCGUGCUAUUGCUGAAUUUAUAUUAUCUGAACGAAUAUCAGAUGCUACUAUUUAUUCGGGGAUUAGUCUUGCACUCUUUUUUGUUUCUAUAAUUCAUUUGGUAUUGAUAUUUAAAUGUAUCUAUUUUAUUCCGCCUGCCUUAAUUAGUUUAUAUGAUUCUAAUUCUAGAGGAUUGUCUGUUAAUUCUAAACAAAAACUCAACACCGAAUCUAAAAUGGUUGAAAGAAAAUCAAUUGACAAUGAUAGAAAUUUAUCAGUUCCUCUUUCAAAUAAAUCUAGACCGGAACAAUGUCAACAUGAUGUGGAUUCGUGUGAUGAUUUUAUGCAAUUGGAUCCUCCUGAAGUAACACCGUUUAAAAUAGAUAUUGGAAAUACCUCUUUACAUAAUAAUCUGUCAUUUGGCUUUCCUAAGGGGAUAAAAUUGCCAUUGCCACCUAAAACGUCUAUGUAUAGUAAUGUUCAGCAGCAAAAUAGAAGUUUUAACUCUCAAAAAGAAAAUUAUUUCUUACGGUCAAAAUCUAAUAUAUUUAAAACUGAUCAAAAAGAUGCUGAUGAUAAAAUUGCAUCUCAGCGGUUUUUUGCACCUGAGGAAAGCUAAAUAAUUUUAAAAUUAUUUUUAUUAAUAAAUUGUUUAGCAGCCAACUGGAUUGGAAACUAUUUUUUCUCCUGCUUUAAGGCUUG